UGCUUGGUGUUGGGUCUGGGUUGGCUUCAGUAUUUCUAAUUACCAAGAGAAGAGAAUAUGAGUCGCUUGGGCUUGAACUGAGAGCGUCGCAGGAUUUCUCAUUGUUAGGACGCCGUAGGGUGCGAGCCGCGUUUGUCCGGAUGGAUGAGCAGCCUGGGCUUGUGGUGGCGAAACCGUGAAGGGAUCCCUCGGUGGACGCCCUUGAGAAGGCCGGCGUUGGCUGAACCUGGUGGUCCGCCGAGCUGCCGCGGAAAUUCCGGAGGGAAAAGGCUGGUGCUGCUGCAUGUUAGAUAUGGAUUAUUUUAAGUCUCAUCACAGUUUUUUCCUCCCAGUUGGAAGAGACUGUUUUUAACUAUGCUGGACCAAUCUGUGUUGAAACUAAUGAAUGGAUCCCUCCUCACUGACGUGUGGAAGUACUUUGGAACAUGCGGUUUGUGGAAGAAGCACUUUAAGAAAAGUAGCUGCAGCUGAAAGAUUCAGUCUGUUCACAUGAAAAAUGAGAACUGCUUGUUGCUUCAGGGACUUAAAAGCAAGCUUCCAGUCACGACCUGCCUCUUUUACAUCUAAGGUUGUGAGCUAACCUCAUGGAGCAAUUUCAAACUCCACCCCCUUUAUUAUAGGCACAUUGUUCUUCGUGGGGUGAAUAGGCUUGCUUUGUGUUGAGUGGCAGGGCUGUUGACAAGGCUUCUGUGUGUGCUUCACUUACCAGCAGCCGAAGGAGGGCAGGAAGACAAUGAGCCAGAGAGGGCUGAAUAUUUCAGCAACCUCUGAUUUAGGUUGAUUUAGCCAUGAGCCAGCCGCCUAGUGGAGGCGGUGCUGCAACCGUCUCUCCUCGUUUGCUUCCUGAGGGCAGCAGCAGCCGAACUAAGCAGCAGCGUGCAUUCUCUCCAGGCAGACCCAAGGAGUCUCUUGUCCGCCAGCCCUUGCCAGCUGCCAAUUCAUCCCGCUUCACAGCAGCAGCUGCAGUUCCUGUCUCGAAAGCAAGCUCUACCCGGCAGCAGUUAUUGCAGCAGUCACCAAUAGGGCAGAAAACUAGCCGGGUCAAGGGUGGAGGAACAGAAGGAGACAAGCUGCCCUUACAGGCUACAUCAACAAGGAGUUCAGUUCUGUUGGGAGCUGUCCAUGCCGGGGAUGGUGCUGAAGAGCAGCCUGCCUCAUUCCUGGUCUCGGCGGGAGGGUGUCCCAGACCAAAUCCUGGGCCUGCAGCUGAAGCACAAGAGGCACCUCCCAAAGACACUGAACUUACAGGUCUUAGAGCUGGAGAACAACAGCUUGUAUCAGGAGGGAAGGGGGAAAGGGUGGGUAGUUUUGUGCUUUCUCAGCUGCCAUCCAAGAGCUGGAACAGGGGUAAAACAAACAAGAAGAGUGCAGGAGAGGCAACUUCAGCUUCUUCGUCGCUUUGUGGUUCAGGGAAAGGCCAGGCUGUAUCAGUGAACAAUGGCAAUUACUGGAAAGAAGGAUGCCUGCAAAGUGAGCUCAUUCAGUUUCAUCUCAGGAAAGGGUUAUCAGCAACCCAGAUGCAGAACAAAGGCAACAACAAAGCUAAUGGCAAUGUGGGCAGUUUGCCCUCCUCGACUUCCUCCUCCUCCAUGGUGCUGCCUGAAAAUGAAAGUAGCAGUGGCCUCAGUGGAACUAUGGAAGACAACACAACCCAGGAAUCCCAGCAGCAGCAGCAGGAGCUACAGGAAGAGAUGGAGAAACUGGAGGAGGAGAAUGAAAACCUCAAGAAUGAAAUAGAUGAACUUAGAACUGAAAUGGAUGAGAUGAGGGACAGCUUUUUUGAAGAGGAUGCUUGCCAGCUUCAGGAAGUGCGCCAUGAAUUGGAAAGAGCUAACAAAAACUGUAGAAUCCUUCAGUAUCGUCUUCGAAAAGCAGAGCGGAAGAAGCUCCGUUAUGCACAAACUGGAGAAAUUGAUGGAGAACUUCUUCGUAGCUUGGAACAGGAUUUAAAGGUUGCAAAAGAUGUUUCUGUAAGACUUCACCAUGAGUUGGAAAACGUGGAAGAAAAACGCUCCACCACAGAAGAUGAAAAUGAAAAGUUAAGGCAGCAGCUGAUAGAAGCUGAGAUUACUAAACACGCUCUUCAGAAUGAAUUUGACAAAGUGAAAGAGUGUAUGAAAAGAAGAGGAAGCAAAGAUUUGCAAAAAUCAGAAAAAAGGUCACAACAGAUGUCUGCUGAGGAGGAUAGUGAAGAUCUGAAAUGCCAGUUGCAGUUUGUCAAAGAAGAGGCUGCUCUGAUGAGGAAAAAAUUAGCCAAAGUGGACAAGGAGAAGGACAGAUUUGAGCAUGAUCUUCAGAAAUAUAGGUCAUUUUAUGGUGAUCUAGACAGUCCCUUACCAAAAGGGGAAGCAGGAGGUCCACCUAGCACAAGAGAAGCAGAACUCAAGCUCCGUCUGAGGUUAGUUGAGGAAGAAGCCAAUAUCCUUGGAAGAAAAAUAGUGGAACUGGAAGUGGAGAACAGAGGACUGAAAGCAGAGCUUGAUGACUUAAGAGGAGAUGAUUUCUCAGGGGCAGCCAACCCGCUCCUGGGAGACCCCAAUGAAUCUCUGUCAGAGUUAAGGCAGCAUCUGCAGUUAGUUGAAGAUGAGACUGAACUGUUGAGGAGGAACUUAACUGAUGCAGAAGAACAAAACAAACGUGUCACUGCGGAGCUGAACAAAUACAAAUACAAGAGUGGAACUCACGAUAGUUCACGACACCAUGACAGUCCCAAAGCAGAAAUACUUCAGGAAGAACUGAAGGCUGCCCGCAUGCAAAUUAAUGAACUCAGCGGCAAAGUCAUGCAGCUCCAAUAUGAGAACAGAAUACUGAUGUCCAAUAUGCAGCGCUAUGAUUUGGCCUCUCAUUUGGGGAUCCGAGGGAGUCCCAGGGACAGCGAUGCUGAAAGUGAGACAGGGAAGAAAGAAAGUGAUGAGGAUACUCGCCCCCCUCACCGCAAAAGAGAAGGGCCCAUUGGGGGAGAAAGUGACUCAGAGGAGGUCCGCAACGUCCGUUGCUUGACCCCCACAAGAUCCUUCUAUCCAACCCCAGUAGGAUGGCAGAAAAGCUUUAAUGACCGGCAGCAAACCAAGGACAUCCGCUGUGAAGCUGAACGUCUGGGCAAGACUAUUGACCGUUUGAUUUCUGACACCAGUACUAUCAUAACUGAAGCAAGAAUUUAUGUGACAAACGGGGACCUGUUUGGACUUCUGGACGAUGAAGACGAUGGAAGUAGGAUACGGGAACACGAACUUCUUCAUCGGAUCAAUGCCCAGAUGAAGGCAUUUAGAAAAGAACUCCAGGCCUUCAUUGACAGACUAGAAGUUCCAAAGCUUUCAGAUGAUCGAAGUACAGAUGAACCUUUGUCAGUGAGUCAGAUGUUCCAGCCUAUCAUUUUACUUAUUCUCAUCCUUGUCUUGUUUUCAUCCCUUUCUUACACAACAAUAUUUAAACUUGUCUUCCUUUUCACAUUGUUCUUUGUGCUGUAGACAUUUUUAAAAUCAUUUUACCAUUUGUUAUAAAGUUAUUUUCAGUUUGUUUUAUGUUGUCCAUCUUCCCAAGCUACAAAGUUCAAGAGCUAUAGUUUCUGUAGUAAUCAUUGCUGUAAAAACACUGAAGACUGUUUGAUAGGAAGAAGACAAACCCACCUUCAUGCCAAAAUGUAGAUGUUGCAAGCAGCCCGAACCAAAAAAGCUCCAAUCAAAGCUGAACUAGCAUCAUCCAAAUAGCCAGGAUCUAGAAGUUCAUUCAGAUUUGGAGUGUCCAUCUAGAGAUUGAAUGGAACAGCUGUUGAGGAACAGUUUAUCUCUUUGUGUGGUCAGAAAAAUACUUUCUUCACUAUGCCUUGCUACAGAUUAAAACUACCAAAUGAUUUGGCUUGUUUUCAAGAGAAAAAAAACACUGGAUCAUGAUGAUACUGAAUUCUGGAAUUUUUUGCAAUUAGACUUAGAUAGUAAUGGAUUACCACUAUUCUAUGAAGGCAAAGAGCUACACUGGUGUCAAUCUUGAGAGGUACAUUUGUAAGUUCUGAUAUGAAAGAAAACCUUCCUGGGGGCACUAACAUCAGCCAGAAAAAUGAGGGACCUUCAUUUCUUUUGUUCUUCAAAUGUGAGGUUAUUUAUGGAGACACUAGGUUUGACCCUUUGCAGCCAUCCUACGUAUCUUUUACCUUAAUCCUGGUGGUGCCUAGAAGAAACUUGCUUUGAUUGACUGGAAUUAUUUUAUCAGAAGGGAAAGUGCUAUUUUUAGUAAAGCUGCCUCUUGUCUCCAUAUUCUUUGAACUUGAGUAAACAGAAAGAACAGCUCUGUAAUACAUUUUUUCCUUCUGCUAAAGCAAAGAAUCAAGUAAACUUUCCUGACCAAAUGUACAAUUCUUUUAGUUAUUUCCAUCCAGUUUAGCAACAUUUUUGGUUCCAAGAGGUACAUAAUUGACAAAAUGUCUGGCAACACCUAACACCUCAAUAAUAAGAAAAUGAUAUUUUGGAAGACAGUGUGCAAUUUACUGAACCGUUACCCUCUUACUUUUCACACAAUCAAAAGUUUAUUUUAAAGAUUUAGACACACACAAAAAAGAACAGAUCUGCACAUGGGGAGAGAAAUGCAACAUGAACAAGCAGUUUUUCAAAAAGAAAGGCACAAGAUGAGACAGCUGACAUAAGAUGGAUAAGGAUGACUAUAAGAGAAUUUAAGAAUGAAGUUUACCUUUCCUUUCGCAGUGUUUCUCAACC